GCAUACAUUUCCAGUUGUGAGGUGUUUAUUAGCUGCCAUGUAUUCGAUAAAGUAUUUUUACAAUUGAACGGUUGCUUGAGUUGAAAAAGGUUCAAAGAAGAGGAACGUAGUAUUCGAUUUAAAAUGAAGAAUAUAUUAUCUAGUAUAUGUCCAAAUAAAGAAAAACAUAAAGAAGAAACAUCUAUAGACUCAGAGGAUUAUUUAACAAAGACCAUUGGUACAUUUGGAUUAUGGCAAGCUGCAGUUUGUGGAGCAACAGCUCUAACACGAUUCAUUGUCAUGUGGAACAUGACAGCGAUAUUUUUUCUAACACCCGAUACAGAAUUCGAAUGCAUACAAUUCAAAGGUAUUGGAAAUAAAACUGCUAAUACAUGUUAUGAUGAUUGUAUGAAAUAUGAAUAUCAUAAUCAAGGAUUACAAACAACUCUGAUAUCUGAUUACAAUUUGAUAUGCGACAGACAAUGGCUGGCUAGUAUGGCACAGUCAGUUUUAAUGCUGGGAUUUCUUGUUGGGACAUUUUUGUUUGGUUGGAUAUCAGACAGAUUUGGUCGUCGCAACAGUAUAGUCGCGUCGGUACUUAUUAAUGUGAUAUUUAUGUUGGCAACACCGUUUUCUCCAAACUUUUGGACAUUCAGUAUCUUUAGACUUAUCACCGGCAUUGCAUCUGGCGGGACCCUCAUUAUAUGCAUUGUUAUAGUAAUGGAAAUUAUAAGCAAAAGCCACCGCGAGGCAGCGAGUAGCGUUCUCGUGCAGCCAGACGCAUUGGCACAAGCUUCUUUAUCAAUAUUCGCGUAUUAUUCACCAAAUUGGAAUAUAUACGUUUUAGUAUACAGUGUAGCCUCGAUUUUUAUUCUUAUAAUUAUUUUAUUUAUACCAGAAUCACCUAGAUGGUUGAUUUCACGAGGAAGAAUCGACGAAGCUAUACAAAUUAUAACAAAAGCUGCACAACGCAACAAACUGAGUACUGAAAAUAUAGAAGCAAUAAUCAAGAAUAGCGCUGAAAAGUUAAUAAACAAGAAAGAAGUAGUUAAUACGACUUAUUUAGAUUUAUUCAAGACUAAGGAGUUGGCCAUCAACACGACGUGUAUUUUCGUAGCGUGGACAGUCAGUGGCACUUGUUUCUUUGGCAUCAACCAGUACAUGACUUUCGUGGGUUCUAAUUUGUACGUCGCUGUUGUAGUGUUGGGUUUAAUACAGAUGCCAGUAAGUCUUGGUUCUUGGAUAAUCAACAAAUAUUUAGGCCGUAGGAUAGCUUCACUUGGAAUAUUUACACUUGGCGGAAUUGUUAUGAUUUUACUCAUUUUCGCCGAGGAUUAUUACUGGCCUGCCACUAUUUUAGGAAUUAUAGGAUUCGGUGCCGUAAGUUCAAUAUUUACGGUCACUUAUAUUUAUGCGUCGGAGUUAUUUCCAACGCCACUGCGUAAUAUGGCAUUUGGGUUGACAUCUACUGGAGCCAAGUUUGGAGCGAUGGUAGCGCCUUUUAUUGCUAAUUUGAAACCGCAAUGGGUGCCUUCUGUAGUCUUUGCUGGUAUGUUAUUUGUAGGCGCUCUUUCUUGUUUGCCUUUACAAGAAACCAAAGGGCGUAAUUUAAAAGACACAGUGUCUUAAAUAAAUUUCAUUUAUAGAGGCUUAUUACUAUUAAGAUCUAUAGUACUUUGAUCCAUUUGUCAGUAUUUAUUAAUGUUAGUAAGUAUACCAGAAAUGCAAAUGCUUAGUUACAAGAAAGUACGUUAUUUCUUUAUUCUGCAGACAAAGGUUAAUGUAUAAUAAAAAAGAAUUAGGCAAUCAAUAAAGUAAUAAAAAUAGAAUAACAAAUGGUAAACAAUAAAAAAAGUUUUAGCUUAAUAGUUGUAAAUUAGAAAGGCAUGUGAACAUCAAUAUUGUCUGGCGUAUUGAAUUAUUGCAAGAUUAAUGUUGGCAUCGUGUUAUAUUUAUCAGAGAAAUUAUUAGUUUCGAUAAAGUGGCUGGACGUGCUCAA